UUCCCGCCUUCGCUGCUCUCCUCGGGAGCUUCUCCCAUGCCUUCCCGGCCCUGGCGGGGGGCGGCGGCAGCCCCGCCGCAGGAGGAGCCGUCUCUGUGGCUCCUCUGAUGUCCCUGGCUGAGAAGCGGGAGCCGAGCUUCUCCUUGACGCCCAUGAUGAUCGAGGAGGACGCGGCGCUGAGGAACGGCAGCAGGGGGCUCUCGGGCCAGUGGGCGGACGCGGCAGCCGUGCGGCCGCGCACCACGGAGCGGCACAUCACGGUGCACAAGCGCCUCGUGCUGGGCUUCGCCAUCUCCAUCCUGGCCCUGCUCGUGGUCACCAUGAUCGCUGUGUUGCUCAGCGUGCGCAUCGAGGAGUGCAGCACCAGCGGCAGCGGGGACGCGGACGGCCCAGCAGGCAGGGCGGGAAACCGGAGCGUCCCGGCAGGAGCAGCUGCAGCCGCCGCCGCCGCCGCCUCGGCAGGAAGUGCCCGCCGGAACCAUCCCAGCGCCGGGGAGCCCCCUGGCCGCGAAGGAGUGGAAUCGGAGGCGCCUGGCGGGGAAGAGGAGGAGGAGGAGUGGCAGAGGCGUCGGGAGCAGCCGCCCUGGACGCAGCUGCGCCUGCCCGGGCACUUGCGCCCCCUGCACUACAACCUGAUGCUGAGCGCCUUCAUGGAGAACUUCACCUUCAGCGGCGAGGUCAACGUGCAGGUCGAGUGCCUCAACGCCACGCGCUACAUCGUGCUGCACGCGCACCGCAUGCACGUCGAGGCGGCCCGCGUGGCCGAGGACCGGCUGGCCGGAGCCCUGCGCGUCUCCAGCUUCUUCCUCUACCCGCAGACGCAGGUCUUCGUGGUCGUCCUCAACCGGAGCCUGGAGGCGCACAGAAGUUACAACCUCAAGAUCAUCUACAGCGCGCCCAUCGAGAACGAGCUGCUGGGCUUCUUCCGGAGCUCGUACGUGCUCUACGGCGAGAGAAGGUUUCUUGCAGUUACACAGUUUUCUCCUACCCAUGCCAGAAAAGCCUUUCCUUGCUUUGAUGAGCCUAUCUACAAGGCCACAUUCAAAAUCAGCAUCAAGCAUCAAGCAACCUAUUUAUCUUUGUCCAAUAUGCCUGUGGAAACUUCUGUUUUUGAAGAAGAUGGAUGGGUUACGGAUCACUUUUCACAGACUCCGCUCAUGUCCACAUAUUACCUAGCCUGGGCUGUUUGCAACUUUACAUACCGCGAGACGACCACAAAGAAUGGAGUUUUGAUCCGAUUGUAUGCAAGACCUGAUGCCAUCAGAAGAGGAUCUGGGGAUUAUGCUCUGAACAUUACUCGGAGACUAGUUGAGUUUUAUGAAGACUACUUCAAAGUGCCCUAUUCCCUGCCAAAAUUAGAUUUAUUAGCUGUGCCUAAGCAUCCGUAUGCUGCUAUGGAAAACUGGGGACUAAGUGUUUUUGUGGAGCAGAGGAUACUUCUGGAUCCAAGCAUUUCUUCCAUAUCAUACUUACUUGAUGUCACCAUGGUCAUUGUGCAUGAGCUGUGCCAUCAGUGGUUUGGUGACCUUGUGACUCCAGUAUGGUGGGAAGACGUGUGGCUAAAAGAAGGCUUUGCUCACUAUUUUGAAUUUGUUGGAACUGACUACCUGUAUCCAGGCUGGAAUCUGGAGAAGCAGAGGUUCCUGACAGAUGUUUUACAUGAAGUAAUGCUGCUUGAUGGCCUGGCUAGUUCACACCCAGUGUCACAGGAAGUGCUGCAAGCCACAGAUAUUGACAGAGUGUUCGACUGGAUCGCGUAUAAAAAGGGCGCAGCUUUAAUUCGAAUGCUGGCUAAUUUUAUGGGUCACUCAGUGUUUCAGAUGGGCCUACAAGAUUAUCUAACCAUUCACAAGUAUGGCAAUGCUGCCAGAAAGGACCUAUGGAACACGCUGUCAGAGGCACUUAAGAAGGUUGGGAAAUUUGUGAAUAUCCAAGAAGUAAUGGAUCAGUGGACACUGCAGAUGGGUUAUCCCGUUAUCACCAUCAUGGGAAAUGAAACUGCAGAAAAUAUUGUAGGAAUCUCCCAAGAACACUUUAUUUAUGACCUUGAUGUUAAAACCAAAGAUCGUGGCCUUGGAAACAACAGCUACUUGUGGCAGAUCCCAUUAACAAUUGCAGUAGGAAAUACGAGCCACAUCUCAUCAGAGGCAAUUAUAUGGGUGUCUAACAAAUCAGAGCAUCACAGGAUUGCUUCCCUUAAGGAGGGAAACUGGCUGCUGGGGAACAUCAAUCAAACUGGCUAUUUUAGGGUUAACUAUGACAUUAGAAAUUGGAGAUUAUUAAUUGACCAACUGACGAGGAACCAUAAGGUAAUCUCUGUCAGUAAUCGUGCGGGUUUGAUCGAUGAUGCAUUCAAUUUAGCCAGAGCUGGCUAUUUGCCACAGAACAUUCCACUAGAGAUUAUCAGAUACCUGUCCAAGGAAAAGGAAUUUCUGCCUUGGCAUGCUGCCAGCCGAGCCCUUUAUCCACUUGAUAAAUUGUUGGACCGCACAGAAAACUACAACAUCUUCAAUGAAUAUAUAUUAAGACAAGUUGCUUCAAUGUAUCUUAAGCUUGGAUGGCCAGCAAAUAAUUUGGACAAAUCAUUUGUUCAAGCUUCCUACCAACAUGAGGAGUUGCGUCGUGAAGUCAUUAUGCUGGCUUGCAGUUUUGGUAACAAGCACUGCCACCAGCAGGCUGCAACCCUAAUAUCAGACUGGAUUUCCAGCAACAGAAACAGAAUACCUCUUAAUGUAAGAGACAUCGUCUACUGCACAGGAGUUUCACUGAUGGAUGAAGAUGUAUGGGAAUUCAUCUGGAUGAAAUUCCACUCUACUACAGCGGUAUCGGAGAAGAAAAUAUUGUUAGAAGCUUUAACCUGUAGCGAUGACAGAAAUUUGUUAAACAGGCUUCUUAACCUGUCUCUCAAUUCAGAAGUUGUCCUGGAUCAGGAUGCAAUUGAUGUCAUAAUCCAUGUAGCUAGAAAUCCACAUGGAAGAGAUCUUGCUUGGAAGUUUUUUAGAGAAAAAUGGAAAAUAUUGAAUGCAAGAUAUGGGGAAGCAUUAUUUAUGAAUUCAAAACUUAUCAGUGGAGUCACAGAAUUUCUUAACACAGAGAGUGAACUAAAUGAGCUAAAGAACUUUAUAAAGACCUACGAGGAGGGAUCUGCUGCCUCUUUCUCACGAGCUGUGGAAACAGUGCAAGCCAAUGUCCGGUGGCAAGUGCUUUAUAAAGAAGAAUUAUUUCAGUGGCUGAGAAAAUCACUGGCACACUAAUCAGUGUUUCUGACCAAAACUUAGCACCAAAUUGUGCAGCCAGGAGGAGAAGCACAGUGUGACAUUCCAAGAACUUUUGACUGGAAGCACAAUGAAGACUGGUUAAAAUGGAAAGAAUAUAUAGAUAUAUUAUAUUUUUGCACCAAUCUCCUCAAAACUAAAAGGCAAGGGAAAAAAAGAACGAUGACAGAGAGAAAAGGUCAUGAAUGCUUACAAAACCAAGUCCCCACUGUACCAUGGCCAAAUGUGAUAUUAAGUGGUGCAUGUAAAUGUUAAUGUCAGUUUUUUGGGGGGGAACCCUCAGAAUAUUUGUGCAUGGUUGUAUGGUUCCUGCCUGUAUUCUAGCAUGCUUACUUAAGGUGUCCAUGUUUGUGUGUGAAUUUCUGCUACAUCGAAGAUGGGCAUUAUGCAAAAGCACAAAGAUAAUGACAAUCAGUGUUACAACAGCAACAUAAGGUGGAAAGAAGAACGUAAAUGAUCUAUAUGAUCAGUCUGUGACUGUCACCUUUCUAUGGUGUAGGUCAGUUAUGUCAGCACUUAGAUUGUCUCAGUUACGAUUUGGACAUUGACUCUCUUUUUGAGUUGCAAAUGAUUCUACAGAUUAAAUGCUCCCCUAUUUUAAGUCAAUGAUA